AUGGCUCACAAGAAGGACUAUGAGUACCCUCAAUGUUAUAACAAUCGUCCAGCUAGGCACCGAAACGUCCACCCUAACGAAAGAAAAAAUAAUGAUGACAGAGGUAGUCCUUCUCGCCAUGCUAGAACUUUUGGCAUAGCUGGCCCCACGGAGGAAGAGAAGCAGCGAGGUAGCGAUAAAAUCGGUGCUUGUAUAUACAACCCAAUGCAUUUACUUUCUGCCUUGGAAAUAGAGGCACAUCAGGAAAUAUGUCCUGAUAGAUUCGAGUUUCAUGACUUUUUGAAGGCAGCCAAUAGAAUACUGAAGAUAGAAGGAGAUAAACAUUGA